AUGGAGACCGACACGGCGCACGGAGAAUCGUCGGAAAUCACCGCCGAGCAGCAGGAAGGCAAAGAAGAAUUCUCGGCGGCUGUCAAUCGCGGAGAUGGAGACGGCGAAAACGAAGCCGAAGGCCAAGAAGAUGAAGAGGCAGAGGACGAAGAUGGUCAGGAGCAGGACGACGGUGCCACGCAGACUCUGUACGUCCAGCAGAUGGAUGACACCGAUGAAGCGAUCGACACAGAAAACACGCAUAUCAUACACAUAAUACAAGAUGAGAGCUACCAAGACGUCGAUGGGGAUGACAUCUUCCUCGAGGAGGACGAGGCUGAUGAAGACGAAGAACUGACCGAGGUGCAAGUGGUGGAUGGUAAAAUUGUUCACUACCUUCCCGUGAGCAACGCAAGUAAGCCUUUGCCCGCUCUCGACCAAACCCGCGUUUCGAAGAAGCACGGCUGUGGAGAGGAAGGAUGCGAAUCGGCUUUUCGGAACAAGAAGAAUCUCGUUAGCCACUUGAGUUUCAACCACGACAUCAAGCUGGCAACAUUUUUCAAGCACUACACUUCGGUCACGCUGAUGCUCUACGAAUUCGAGAGAAUUCAGCGGCACGCCAAUUACCUCUUCGGCGCUGACUAUAAGACGUACAAUUCAUGCACCAAGCAGCUACGCGUCAUCUACGUCUGCGCCCAUGACCGUAUGCUCAGGAAAAACCGAAAUCAGACCGGGCAGGUCUGCACGGCGUACAUCGAAUUCCACAUAGAUUACAGUUCAGGUGUCGGAACUCUAUCAGGCUGUCUACAGCACUAUAAGCACACAGGGUACCGAGACCUUUGCGAAUAUCAGUUCACGGCGGCGCCACCGGCCGAUUACGUCCUCACAUGUCCGAUAUGCGGCGAUCAAUUCACAGUUGAGACGGAGUUGCUUCAGCACGCCGCCGAAAAGCUCCAUCAUAUCGCUCCUCGAUUCAUUCGCUUGUCGAAAAAGAAGGAGCUCGGGAACAGUUCCGGAUGGGACAAUGAAGUCAUCACGACCCAAAUCCGUUGCGACUUGUGCAGUUUCGAAACUCGAGACCGGAGCUAUUACAUGACACAUCGAGUCAAAGCGCAUCUCGGAUCCGAGUACAUCGAUAAAUAUAUCGCCAAGGAUAGGGACGAGGCGAACUACAUCUUCCGACAAGCUCAGCAAGCUCUCAACACACGGUUUUUCCUUGCGAAUAAACGGGUGAACGAUUCCUCGAUCAUUUCGUACUCGUUUCGAUGCAACUUCAAUCGCAGGAGCCUGACAUCUGUCUGCGUGUGCUCGUUCAAAAUGCUCGAAUUCCCUGGAGGGGAUCGCUUUGAAAUCGAUAUCGUGAAAUUGCACAAUCACGAUGUUGCCGAGGCAUGCGAGGAAGAGAUCGACGACCUUCCACCGCCUCCUGAGCUUUUUAGCUGCGAGACGUGCGAAAAAGUCUUCCAAAACGACGCCAUCCUCAGGGAACAUAUGAAGACCAACAAACACUACAGUCAGGCGGAAUUGGACGCGAAAAAAUCUGAGCAGGCUCGCUCAAAGCAGUUCUUCUGUCCCGUUUGCGCGAUCGGAUUCACCAAGAAGAUCUCACUACGGCAACAUCAGAAGAAUUUCAAUCAUGAUUAUGUCCCUGUGAGGAUUCGACCUCCUUGCGGCAGCUCAUCAACCCGAGCCCUCGAGGACUCCGAUAAGGAAGCUCUGUCCGAGUCGAGACUCAACGUACAACAGAAGAAGGUGAUACAGCUGUUCCCGAACUUGUGUUAUGACUGCAACCAAACGCUCCCGAACAAAGUGGAGCUCCUGAGGCACCUCGGACAAGAGCAUGGUUAUGAGGUGGACCUGUUCUCUAAAGAGUUUGUGAACAUGGACCACGCCUGGAAGUUCUUCUACGAGAUACAGAUCCACAAUAAAACACGCUACAAGCAGCAUGGGAGCCAAAAAGUGGAUGAGGACAACUUCAAAAUCUAUUACAUCUGCAAUCGGGAAGGAAAAGAUAAGACUAAGAAAGUCAAUCGACAAAGGUCACGGAGAAAGCCACCGAAAGACGUGAAUCGCGCGUGCACCGCUCACUUCACCAUUAGGAAAGACCAGAAGAAAAUCAUCUGCACCGGAUCCACAACGCACUACGGUCACGAGAUCGAGGAGGAAUUCCUCAUACGUGGGAAAAUCCUACAGAAAGCCAUGGAGAUCAUUCACAAGGUCGCUGACGAGGCUCCGGAUGAAAGUCAAGUUCUGACGGCGUCCGACUUCCCCUAUCAUUCGGAGAAGAAAGUCCUGCUCAAAGCGAACAAGCCCUCGGAAAUCCCGUGGACGCCUCCGUUUUCAGAUACGUUCACAGUGACGCCCAUCGACGCUACCAGUUACUACGUCGGCCCUACCAACAAACAAGCUCGGGUGGUCUCGCAUAAGACUUCGACCGAUGACUACUGUAGUAUAUGCACCUCAAAACCCACAAUGAUGAAGGACGGUCAAUGUCCCCAUAUCUACCAAUGCGACUGCGACUUCUAUCUCGCGGGCUACCAUAAUUGCAAACAUAUAAACGUACUCGAGCUGUAUCUCCAUCAAGAAGCCACUCAAGACAACGUGCUUUACCUCACGGCGCCGUGCUCGGAAGAAGAUCUUGACUGCCGGAGAAAAGCAUGCAAAGUCGCUCAGCUCGGUGAAGACCUUGUGAAAAUUCUCGAGAACCUCAACGCAUCAGAAGAAUCGACCAAACUGCUCACAGCGAAGAUGAACGCAAUGAUGAAACUCCUGCAGACGACCGAGGUUGUUCCCGCCGAGCCUGGGACGGAAACCCCGCCCAACCCUGAAGUCGACGAGGUCUCGACUCUCGAGAAUAUACCAGAGCCCGAGGAACAGAAUCCAUCGCCGAAGGCGAUCAUGGUCAACGCGGAGCCUGUGAAAAUGGCAGCUCCGGCGCGGAGGACUAUCGUUCUCAAAGCACCGGUCUCAACGACAACUCGUCAGAUUACUCGGAAAAGCCUAGCUACUCUGGCUCCCGCCGAACAAGACAGUCCAACCGAAAGUCUACGCGCAGAGACGAUCAGCGAAGAGAAAGAUGCGCCGGAAGUUGACGCUGCCGAGAAAGACGAGGCGCACGCCCCCGACUCGAAGAGGAAACUCCCGUCGGACGACGAGCUCCAAGACAAACGGAUUUCGAGGCGGCCAAAGAGACCCAAUAGAAGAUUCGAAUAUUAGAAUCGAUC